GUAGUCUAUGGGGGUUUUCCAACCAACGAUACCUCGUGAUAAUCGCGUGUGUAUUGUUUUGUUUUUUUUAAUGCCUCGGUAUUUUUCGAUUUGACUUAACCUAAGUUAAUCAAAAUUAUUACUUGUCAUUUUUUAAGAAAUAUUUUUGCGUAUGUAGAAGAUUGCAACUGACAUUGUCUUAUUUUGUUUUAUAUUUUAUGUUUCUUAUUCUAAUUUGUUUGGUAAACCAUGCGGGUUGAAUAGAUGUCUGCUGAUUAGCACUGUUAAACUGCAUUAUCAUCAAAAUGGGACGAGCUAAAAAAAACAGGAAUCUAGAGAAUGCCAUCAUGAAAAGACACAAACAAAAUUCUAACACUAAAACAACUACUUACUGCCCUCUGUGUGGAUAUAAAGCGGAAGAUAGUUUGGACUUUACAGAUCAUUGCAAUUCUUCAACUCAUGUGUAUAACUACAUGUUGGACCAGUAUCACCAACGAAGAAAUGAGUUGGCUCCAGAUCGACACAAAGUGGUGGUCAAGAUUGCAUGUGACACAUACAAUAUUGAAAUUCAAAAAGAUGGUGCUUACAAGAUAAAUAUUGGCGGUGACAUUGAUGAAGUUGAAUACACGGUAGAAAUUUUAAACAAAGAUCCAGAUCGCCCAGUAAUGUUGUGUAAGGCAGUUUUAUUAUCACCGUACGAAGCAUUUUCUAUCUGUGACAAGCUGAACGUUUCAAAAUGUGAAGCGAUCGCAAAACUCCUUUCAAAUUCAACAUACGCUGUGAAGGUUAAAUUUACAAACUGUGGAAUAGGACUUUAUACAGUACCAGUUGCCUUAAUGUUUGCCAAAAUUAACAAACAAGAUGAAGAAAAAGAUUUCCUCAUUGUUCGUAAUUUGGCGAUCAGUGUACUUGAGUUGGAAGUGAAGGAGACAGUGCAAACUGAGGCUAGCCCUUUUACAGGAGAAUUUUGGCGGGGAAUGACUGAAACUGUCUUUGGUUCCAUGCCAGAUGGGAGACAGUUGAGACGCCUGAGGGACUUCAUGGUCCCAAAUGACAUUAAUGUCAUCAUGGACAGGAAUUUGAAGCCGUGGAGUGACAUGACGGAAGAGGAUUCGAAAACCCUGUUUAUUGUACUUGAGUACCUUAUGGCUGGAUACCAACUGACAGUAGAUGAGUACACCAGCUUCUUCCAUACGCUCAUGUACAUGGAUGAGCACGAUGCUACCAAGAAGUUGCAACAGUACAACAUGGCGAACGUUUCCAUGAAAGUGGUCAAUGAGUACAGGUUGGAGCUUAAGGUACCAGGACUGGCGGAGAAACGCCCCUCGGUCUUGAAAGGUGAUAAAAUCCUCAUUCGUGAGUGUUUUGAGGAUGACUUGGUGUCAAAAGUGCAAUAUGAAGCUUACGUUGCAGAAGUGCAUGAUGAGUGUGUGUGGUUGGCUGGCAUCGAUGAUGAAAUGUUUACUCGGAUCAAGAAUAACGAGGACAUGAAAUUUGACAUCCGAUUUGAAUUUAAUCGUUUUCCAAUUUUCUUGAUGCACCGUGCCACUGAGUUGAUUGAGAAAGAAAAUUUUAUGGCUGUUUUGUUUCCAGAAGCAUCAGAGUUGAUUGGACCUAGAAAAAUUGAUGUGGAAAAUCUUGAAUUCUUCAACAACCAAGUGAUGUAUAACUCUGAGCAGAGUACGGCAGUGAAGAACAUUCUCAAGGGAACUUCGCGACCUGCACCGUACAUCAUAUUUGGACCUCCGGGUACUGGCAAGACUGUAACUGUUGUUGAAGCAAUUUUGCAGGUCAAAAAACAUCUGAAGUCAUACAUUUUGGUGUGUGCUCCAUCAAAUGCUGCAUGUGACUACCUAACACAGAAGCUUAUUUCAAAUGGUUGCAAGAAGAAUGAGCUACUUCGCCUACACUCAUCAUCACGAGAAUGGUCAGGUGUGCCUCAGGACAUUCAUGACUACAGCAACUGGGAUGGUGAAGCGUACUUCAUGCCCGCGAAGGACUGGUUGUAUUCUUACCGCAUUAUUGUCUGCACUCUCAUCUCUGCAGGCAGGCUGGUGCCCCAGGCUCCCAGGAACACGCUGGACGAGGAGCUGUACCAGAAGACGUACCACUUCACGCACGUGUUCAUAGACGAGUGCUGCCAGGCCCAGGAGCCAGAGUGUCUGGUGGCCAUCGGGGGGAUUCUGCAGCCGCCCGGCGACCAGUCCUGCCCCGGCGGCCAGCUCAUCCUGGCCGGAGACCCCAAGCAGCUGGGCCCCAUCUGCAGCACCAGCUACGUCCAGUACACCCUUGGUACUUCCCUCAUGGAGCGGUUGAUGAAAUUUGAUCUCUAUGCAUCAAGAAACGGACAAUAUGACAGCCUUUAUAUUACCAUGUUGAGGCUUAACUUUCGUUCGCACCCAGAUAUUCUGGAGCUGCCAAACGAAUUAUUCUAUGAAAAUGGCCUCAUUUCGAGGUGCGGUCCGGACGUGCUGGAAGACCCGCUGGUGAGGACCUUCCUGCUCAGCCCCAAGAAGCAGGGCUCGGCCAUCAUCUUCCAUGGCGUGCUGGGGCAGGAGCAGAGGGAGGGUCGCUCUCCCAGUCAUUUCAACAUGCACGAGGUUUCCGCUGUGUUGUGGUACAUGGACUACUUGCUCGGGGCCAAAGCCCGAACUCCAGUCAAGCAGUCCGAUAUCGGCAUCAUAGCUCCGUACAUCAGACAGGUGUACAAGCUGAAAAAUGCCUUGAAAGACAAAUCGUGGGAAGAAGUGGAAAUUGGGACAACAGAGACAUUCCAAGGCCGUGAAAAGCGCGUGAUUAUUAUUUCAACAGUUCGAAGCAAUGCCAACCUUCUUGAUUAUGAUCGCAAAUUUUGUUUGGGAUUCCUUACGAAUGAGAAGCGCUUCAACGUGGCGAUCACACGAGCGCGCUCACUGCUGAUCGUCGUGGGCAACCCCCACCUCCUGGACAAGGACUACAACUGGCGCCGGCUGAUCCUCCUGGCCCGCGACGUGCACGGCUCUUACCGGGGCUGCGCCUACAGCCCGCUGGACGACAGCUGGAAGCAGGAGGUGUCCUCCCGGUUCUCCAGGGUGGGGCUGGUGUAGAGUGGCCUUAAUCGUAUUGCAAGACUGAAGUGUGUUGUUCGUGAUUGUAGAUUUUAUAUUGUUGUACAUUGUGCCGUUGGUUUUUUAAAGUUCAUUCAGUUGUCACUUGGCUGUUGAUUGUGUGUCAGCUAAAUGAUUUGGUUGUGUGGGUUUGUUUGUUGGGUAAUUUUACCACAAUUGAGGUGGUUUUAUUAUGGAAAGUUGGGCAGUCACAUAGGGAUUGUGAAUGUGGCUGUAAGAAUAAUGUUGUUAUAAAAUUUAUACAAUAACUUUAUUAAACCAAAUCUAACUAAUAAACACACUCUGCCUAGCCCGCCAAGGCCUAGUUGUAGGACUGAGACCUUCAUAACCAAGUAGCUAUGAUAAAAUGCAGUGGUUUUCAUCUGUAAAGGGAUCAAGAAUAAAUCUUUUCAAAAGGAAAAGAAACAUAUACUUUUUGAACAUACAUGGGGGGAAAAAGGGGAUUUAUAAAAAAUAAUCUGUUUUGUAUUUUUGUGCACAAUUUUAAAAAUUUCUUAAAUGCAUGUUAGUGUGUGUGCUGUUGGGUGUGUAUUGGCCACUAUAAUCAUUCCUUGUGGAACUCUUGUUUGUGCAUUUAGUUGUUCUGUUGAAAACUGCUGGAAGUACAGCAUUUAGAAAAUAAAGGAGAUGGCAAGAUCUUGGGUAAUGCUGUUCAAAUAUUGGCCUUAUUGAGGAGCCACAAACAUUUUGUGAUGCUUUUGCAUCCAUUCUGUUUGUUGUUACCUUAAUGCAUUUCUUUUGUAAGCUUUUUUUUUUAUUAUUAUUCAAUAAUCUGUUCCUGCAAGCGGAUGUUGAUAAAACUCCAUUCUGAGCUUUUAUUCUGUGGUAUGUUUGCUAAGAAAUUAAGUAGUGAAAUAAUAAUGUAACUAUUAUUUAUACCGUAUAUGGUUCUUACAAAUUAAUGUAUUAUGGUAAUAUUGUUAAGCAUACGCAUUUGAGGCUUUAGAAUUCAGGUAAGUUAGUCUUUCUCAGACUGCACCAAAACAGCCACUAGCCAGAAGCUGGUAAUGACAGUGGUGACAGUGUCCUUGAAUAGCUGGACAGCCCAAACAUCCCAGUUUUAAAAAAAAAACCUACAGUUAACACAAGUUGAGCUGUGGCCGCUACCAUAUCAACAUUUUAACAAAAAACUGCCAUUUUCCAGAUAGCCUCAGCACCGAGAUGUGGAAACUGUCUGCACAUUUACCUCGUGACUGUAAUUCAUCCAUUUCACAUUCUUUAGGCGGAUCCAUUUUCUUUCCAAAAACAUGUGUAGCAGCUACUCUCUCUUUCCAUUGUCUUACCACGUGCCAAAACCUGGCCAAAGGCCAAAGACCUUACGCUACUUCGUACUCAAGCCUCCGCUCUCAUUCACUGACUUAGCCUGAGCCAGUCCGCUGCCAGCUUUCAACGCUACCCACUCCUGACCUUCAUACCACCUUCUCUCUUGCCCAAUCCAGCAGUCCUCUCUCUCUCUCUCUCUCUCUCUCUCUCUUGACGUCUAGCACCCAACACAGCAUUCACAUAUGAGGGGCUUCCAUUAAUUAUGUGAGACUGUUUUGGCAAUUUUUCGACCCUUCCCUCCACCAAUCUCAAAUAAGAUUUUUCAAAAUGCGUAUUUUUAGUGUUAAUAUUAUGUUAAUCUGUGCAUGAUUGCAUUGGAUUUAUUUAUAUUUGUAUUUAAGACAGAGUGUAGUCUAGAAUCACAAUGAGAAAAUCAAACAAUAAAAUACUUAAAUAGGAAUACUAAAAUUUGUAAAAGAAUAUUCAUUAUAGAAUAUUCAUUAUAAUUCAGUCAAGUGAUGUGUGGUCUCACGAGUGACUUCUGGAACCCCAACAUGUCCAUGCAGUAAAAUCAUCUGCUCCUUCAACCUCGCUCUGAUUUAGCCACUCUUAACCUCUGUCGCUUGCACACAGCUCAGUAGCUCAACGUGUGACAAGCAUUUGGCACGCCGGUGCUCUGCAGCUCUUGUGAUACCGCAUGUACUGCAGCAUCACGAGUUUGGCUGGCCAGUGGCGGCUAAACAACCAAAGGGCUACUGUGCUACUUUGUUGUGUCCCCCUAAAUGCCUCACGAAACUAAUGGACGCCCCUCAACAGCUGCCAGUUGGCAAGAAAACAAGUUGGCUGAAUUGCAACCAAGGGCUACAUCGGCUCAUUGCGUAAACGAUCAGUUCUCAUAGAACCACAUCAGUUAUAGAACAUCACGAAAAAAAAACCUUACAAUAAAAAAAUAUUGAGAAUCCAAACAAUAUUUACCAAGCAUAACUAUGUUAAUAAGGUCACAUCCAAGUUGCAGUUUUACUCAGUCAAAAUGUUUUAGUUGUUCUAGUGAUAAUUGUUUUAAAUCUUGUUACAUCCUAUGUACAGAGUUGUGACAUAGUACUUAAUAUGUAAAUAUUUUCACAUUCUUUACUGUGCAAUCUAGUGAUGCCCACAUGACACCAUACAGUAUUAUUAGAGAUGGUGAUUUAUAGCAUUUAAAAUAAUGACAUUUAGCAUUUUGAAUUUGAAAUUUAGCAUUUUGUAGCAUUUAAAAAACACAAUUUAGCCAAUUCUCUCAUUUUACAUUACUGAAGAAAAGUAUAUUUUUAAAAAAGAAACCGUUGCGCUUGCCGAUUUACAGACAUUUUUUUCUUCAACCGACUUCUCGGUGAAUCUUUUUUUUUUUUUUUUUUCUUCCAGUCUGAUGUUCCUCAGAUUUAAUGUGCUUUUCAAGUAAAUCUUUUUUUUUUCCAUUCCAGAUGGCGAUUACAUAAAUUAAAAUUGCGCAUUAAAAUAUUCGUAUCACUUUCCUAUAACUGUUCACUUUUGUAUUCAUUUAUGCAAUUGCGAAUGGAAAUGACGUUUCGUCCCAUUUUUACCACGAGAAAUAACAGUAUACAACACAUUCACGAGUAUGCACGUAUUUGUAAACACGCAACAUUCCACAGACUACACAAGAACGUGGCUUUCACGUGAAACACAGCCAGAAAAUGGGACUUACAAUUGUUAGCGCAACGAAGCAGAGAUGUCGCAAUAUGGUGGCCUAAAAACUUGUACUCUGCAAGAUGACGGACAAUCUUCCAGCUAGUUGUUCUUUGCUUUGUUUGCAAUCGCGAGGCACGGAUGGCCAUUCUACAUUCAAUAUUGACAAACAAUAGUAUGUAGUUGUGAAUGACGUGACAAUAAGAUACUUGUGCCGAAUACGCCAUAAAAUGAUGGUUUCUUUUGAUACUGAACUGAAACAAAAUACAAUCGGUAAAUAAAUUGUGUAGAGUGAAGACGAAUCUACGUUUUUUACCUUGAUUUCACAUUUAUCUCGGAAUAGUCUAAAUUUAGCAUUUUAUAGUGGAAAAAAUAUAAUUUAGCAUAUUUUAGCAUCUAUUUAGCAAAAACUAAAAAUCACCAUCCCUAAGUAUUAUACAUGUAGUAUGAAUAAUCAUUAGCCAAUCAACAUUUUGAUUUUAAGUUUCAAUUUUUAAAUUUAAAAUACAAUUGUUAAGUAGUAUUGCAACAUAUGCUCAGUCUGUUAAGAGCCGCGUGGAAGUUCGUAGGAAUGUGUUAGCCUUGUUAGUAGCUCAGUACAUUAAGUGUAAUUUCUAUAUAAAAAAUAUAGAUUAUGUUUCUUAGUGUGUUAUAACAAUAUUCAUAGAAUUGUAUAAUUUGCUUAAUAAAAUAAUAUACAAAUUAUUUUAUUCAAAAUACUUCACGGUGUAUUUUGUUGCAAACUACAUUCUGUCAAACAUGUUAUCCUUGAAAAAAAUUUUUGCUUGAUUUUUGCCCUGUGAUAGUCCGUUUAUCAAAGUAAGAAGAUAAUUCACAAUUGAAGCAUCAAAGUAAUGAACCAUGCUUUUAAUGACAGGUAAUAUCAACUGUGUUUGUAUAACUGUCUUUCAGCACUGAUCACCGACCAGCUGCUUCUGAUUUUUUUGUUAAUCUAUUGUUUCAACACCCUAAGAGCAGGUAUUCUAGAUCUCAUCAUAAAGAAUGUGUUUGGUGACUUGUCACUACCUUAAAAAUAAAUUUUUUAGUCAGUAUGCACAUAUAGUUAUGGGGAAACAUUGAAACUAGCUAAAUGCUGUUCAUGACAUCGUCAGAAAUUGACAGUCAUACUUGGCUAAAAAUGGGUUUUCCUAUGUACCGUAUUGGCCCGAGGAUAGGCUGACAUCAAUGAUAGGUUGACCCCUUCCUUGGUGUCCUUAAAGGUAGGAAAUAUUUUAUAUAUCUUUUAAUAUUUUGUCCCCCUUGUUGGCCAUGCUAAAUUGUUCCUUUUAUUCACAGUACAUUAUUUUGGUUUAUCAUUGCAAAUGUUAAAUAUUGUUUAUCUGCAGUAAAUCUGCAUACUAUGGAUAAUUUUACAAUUUUUUUUUUUCCUUGGAGGUUGUGAUUAUAGGCAGGCACAAUAUUUUGGGAUUACUGCAUAUUUGUGUGAAAUUUCACCCAAAUAUUAUUAUCUUUCCUUUUAAAAUACCAAUAGAUUUACGUAUGAAAUUCACACAGAACUGCAGCUUAUUGCUAGUACCAGCAGUAAAAGGUAAUGCACUGCUCAGCAAAAUAUCUACAUAUACCAUAAUGCAAUAAAAAUGGCAUACUUGAGCUUUAUGCGUAAUGAUGCUAAAGUUAAUCUUUUAGUGAUUUUAUUUGUUAGAAGGUGAACGUGACAUUGUGAAAAGGAAUCAAAUACUGAACGUAAAUUUGUUGUAUUCUAAAUUUUUGAAAGUGGAUUCUCAGUAUUUUUAAGAAGUAAAAAUUCAAUUUUAUAAAGAAAUAAAUGCUACAUUUUUAAUUAAAAUAUGCAUUAUUACAAAUAUAAUUAAUUCAUGUCUCCUAUUGUAGAAUAAAACUAUAUGAGGGUGUUCAUGCCAUCUCUUUACCAAAUAAUUUUAGUACUUAUUUUUAAAAAUAAUGAAUAAAAUGUUAUUAUUUGUGACCAAAGCAACAUUGAAGAAUAUUUAGUAUGUUUUCUCAAAUGUGCUUUAUUACAUAAAGUGCAACAUUAAAAUAAAAUGUAAUUUUUUUAAUAGUUAUAUUUUCAGUGGUGUUUAGCAAUGUUUGUUAAUUAUAUUUUUAAUGUAUUUUUGUAAUAUUGGGUUGAAAAUCAGUUAAAAUGAUUUAUAUUUUGUUUUUGUAUGAAUAAGACUGUAUAUGUAUUUAAAUGUGUUUACAAAGUUUUCCCAAAUGUCCAAUUUGUUUUUACAUGUUUUGCUUUGAAAAGAGUGAGCAUGCACGCACAUUUUUUGUAUUCACUUAUGUAUUAUUCAUCAUUAAUCAUGUAUGAUCUUAAUUCUUACCCAAAGAAAUAAGUAUAUGCUGAAUUUAUUUUAAGUUUUCCUUAAUGUGGUUUUUGUAAAACUUUUGAGAGUUAUUUUUACUAUAAAAGGUCAUUGUAUUAAGUUUCUUAUGUGAAAUGGGUGAUAUUUAUAAAGUAUGAAAAUUUUAUCCUUGUAUUAUUAAUUUUUUUUCUUAGUGAACCAGUUUUCUAUUUUCAUCAUGCACCUUUAAACCUGUUAUUUUACUACUAGGUUUCUUCCUGCACAAGUGUGAUUGCCAACUUAGGUUUUCUGCUUUAGGAUAUCUCUUCUGUAGUGAUGUAUAUUUAAAAAAAUUUUGCCAUAAAUAUUACAAGUGUAAAAGGUAUUUUUAAGUUGUAUGUACAUAUAUGAAAUAUAAAUGUUAUAACUUUAUUAAAUUGAACAUUUUCUAAACAUUGGUCACAGAUUUGUAGUUACUUAAAAAAUAAUUAUUGUAGAAUUGUAACACUUGGGGGGGGGGGGGGGGGGAUGGUGUGUACGGCUGCUUCAAUUAAGAGUGUUUGGCCAAGAAUUGAGGUACUUGCUAUCUGUAGAUCAGACACAGUUCACUUGCACCGCAUUCAAGGUGGACCUCAGCCAUGUUUGUCGUCUUGCCUGCUUCCGACACGGAAAAGACAUUGCGUUUGAAAAACAGACUAUCUUCUUUGCUCAGUAAAUUGGUGAAGCAAUUUAAACUACAUGAGGUAUUGUUCGUGAGAAAAUGGGUUAUGUUUGAAAUUGGGUAGGAAGAUUUUCUAAAGAGUUUCUUCUCUGUGUAAUUUUAAAUUUUUUGAAGGGGUUGGGGUGUGUCAUUUGUCCCUACAGCAAAACAUGAUACACCACGGUGUUUAAAUAGACAUUUUAAGGAUCAUGGUGGUACAAAACUACCGUAUUUACUCGCGUAAAGGCCCCCCUUUUUUUCCAAAUUUUCGACUCCAAAAAAGGGGAAGGGACAUAGCUUUCUUUAUCUUUAUGUUGUUUGAGAUAGGACUAACUGCUUACGUCUGGCAUGCCUCACGACGGUCCUACUGAGAACGGACAAACUAUAAUACCAGUCUCUGUAUCACUGCCGCUUACAAAAUCACCUCCCGCCGCUCACAAUACAUGGCUUGCUGUUUGAUGCAUGCCAAGCUGCCCUGGCCUCAGAUAAACCAGAAAAACACGUUUUUAAAUUUUUUCCCAAAAAUGUUUACAAAAAAAGGAGGGGGGAUGUAUACGCGGGCGGGGCCUUUACGCGAGCAAAUACGGUAGUAGUAAUCAAAAAUUUGAACUUUUUUUUAUACUAAUAUGUCUUUUAAUUACUUUCAAACAUAAUAAACAUGGCUGAUUGCAAUCAACAUUAAUUAAAACAGCUAUUUAAUUCAUUCAACUUAUUUUAUUUGCUCUGAAAUGCAGAGUUAUUUUCCAGAAUUUGAUUUUUCUAAAGUUUUGAAACUAAUAAUGUAAAUGGAGCAUAUACUUUGUUCAGUGUCAAUAUACUACAUUUCAAACAAUCUACCAAAUUACAGCAUAAAUAAUCAUUGUAAACAAAGUUAAUGUAUAGAAAUUUUUUUAACUGUCACAAAUAAGCCUCCCUUGUUUAAAGACAUACUUAGAUGUGUGUGUUUUUUAUACUUUAGGUUAGCUUUGUAAACUUAUUUUAAAAAUAGUAACACAUGUGUUUAAUAAUCAGUUUUUGAUUCAAGUAAAUAAUUAAACUUCUGUGAUAAAUGAAGUUCCUAUGCCUAUCUAUAAGAUUUGAGGUGCAUAUGAUUUAUUCCUGUAGAAAGUAGAACUGGAAUAACAAAUUUGGUUAGCAUGUGGUUGAAAAUUUAUAAAUGACUUUUGUGUGUUAACUUUAAAAAUAUAUUAAGAAUGAUUAGAUUAUUUAUCACAAGACUGUAUCACAGACUGUAUUGUUCGACCUUGGUAACUUUGCUUUUCACUUACAGCCACCUGCCUGUCCACCUCCCUCCACUAACUUGGCGAGCCCUGACUUGCCCUUUUUCCUGGUUUACCUGCUUGUACGAUUACUGGCACGUUUGUGUUAAUGUGUUCGUUUUGUGCCUUCUGCCUUCAGCAAGAUGUUUGUUUGGCACAUUAUUUGCCUGUUUCAAUGGGAUACUAUUUGAAGGACAGUCUGUUUCAGUUUCCUGUGGCAGCAACUAACUAAUUUGCCUGCCACUGAUAUUAAAAUUAACAUCAGAAAAAAAGUAUAUCUUGGAAGCCAGUAAAUGUGAUACCUUGAAGAAAAUAAAAUCUGUGUAAUUUUGCUCCAAUUUCUUUUCUCCCAUAGACACCCAUGCACCCUACUGCAUGUUCCCAAAGAAUACUGGCCUUGAAUUGAAAGUUAAACAAAUACAUAUAUAAGAGGCCAGGUUUUAUUAUGCUUAGUAUCAGUUUAAUUCUCUUUCUAGGAAUGUUAUAGUAGUAAUAUUGAAAUUGGAUUAAUUUAUAAGAAUAACCUUCCAGUAACUGUGUCUUUGUUUUAUUUUCUCUUCUCACCAAAAGUAUUAUGUCUGUAAAUACUUUGUUCAUAUUAAGAGGUGCAAAUGUUCUACUUUGGCUUUACUGAAGAAAGUAUAUUUUUGUUGUACAGAGGUUUUUGCUGUAUAGUGACUUUGUAAAGGGUUGACUGUAAAAUAAUUUAUAGAUCUAAAUUUAUAAGUGAACCAGCCUAUUGUGAGGUACUUUAUGCUCUUGUAAUUGCUUCAUAAAUUUUUUGACAAGUUAGGGUAUUGAUCUUCAGUAAUUGCAGUGUGCCUUAAAUAGAUCUUUCAAAUAUAUGUAAAGGUACAAUAAUAUUUUUAUAUUAUAGAAAAGAAAAUGGCACCUAUCAGAUUUUUAAAUAUUAUCUCAAUAAAUGUUCUAAGCAUAUUUGAAGCCUAUUGAAAAAUUUGUAUUUAUCAGUUGUAAGAAUUAAAGUGUGUUUGUUAAAUUUUUUAUUUUACUAUUCAUAUAAUUUUUUUUCCUUUAAUUCCUUAAUUGUGUUAGUUAAAUAGCAGUUACCCUCAAUACAAAUAUUUUUUAUAAUUUAUGAUAUAAAUUGGUUGAGGGAGGGGAGGUGAUUUUCUGAAAACUGGCGAAACCGAGAACUGACCCAUUACUAUAGCAGGUUUAAUGGGGUGAAUACAGACAUGAUGAUCUACAAGUAUAUCUUUGUUAUUCCUAACAGUAAGACUCAAUGCAAAGGUGGGUUAUGAUGCAUAUUGUAGAAACCCUUUGUGACAUAGAUCACAAGCAGGAGUUGGAGGAUAUUGCAAGUCUGCUAGGCAGACUGGAUUAGAGGCUAUAGUGCCAGUCAGACAGACUCAGGAGUAGCAGAUAAUGGCUUGAAAUGGGAGGAAUAGUAGGUGAUCCUCCCAGCUAUGGACAUUUAAACCGAUAUGAUGGCUUCCAUCCUAAGUUUGUCUCAGCAACAAAAAAAAAAAUUAGGAAAGCCAAACAUCUUUUUUUUUCGUGGCAUCAAAAUUAUUGUACCUUCCUUGCGACCCAUCAACUAAAGGCAGUCUAAUCAACACAAAUGGAAAUUUAAUUGGACCCUGCUACGCUAGCCAUUUUGCGCGAUCCACAACCUGAGAGCAGCAAAUCUGCUGUCUCUGGCCGACAAGCAGUCGCAGCCCUGCAGAAACUAGGUCGCUCAGAUGUGACGGGAGACUCCAUGCAAGCUGCAAGCAGCCGGACACCUUCUUUUUGGUUCUCAUUGCCACUUAUUGUCUCUAAUGCCCCUGAUGAUGAGAUGAGUAGUCGUCUAUGAACCUUCACGGAUAUUGUAUGUAUUCCUGCCUCCCACACUGGCCAAAUGCUUCAAGGCUGAGAACUGUCGUCACGUAUCCACUACCCGUCUGGAGUGGGUGAUAGCACCACACAUUUUGGCCUGGUGAAAAAGUGUAAUGUCUGAUAACCGCCAUCAGUACUUUUUCCAAUGUUGGCUAUAGGUAAUGGGAAACAGGUAUAUUUGGUUAAAUGAUUUUGAAGCUGCUUACAAAAUCACAAGUAAAGUUUUUGUGCAAGUACAAACUGUGUCUCAGCUAAUUGGCGCGUAAGCAAUACGGCACUUGUGUCACUGGGCGGUCCUUCACUCUCUGCUUCCUGACAUAUUUUAUUACUACUUUGUCAUGGGAGGGGAGACAGUCCAAUGCCAAAUAUUGCGAUAAGCCAAAUCAUCUUCGUUGGGCAACUCUUUCAGUAAACUGCUCGAAAUGUUAUGGCCUUUGCUUCAGUUUGUUAUAUUAUUAUAUUUAAGAGAAUAUAAAUUUAUUUUGUAAGUGGCAGGCUUUGGAAAAGUAACAAAACAACAAUGCUUUAAAACUCAGAGGUGACACUAAAGGCCCAACAACAAAAAAAUCACUUCAAAUUAAUAAAUUUAAAAAAAAAUGCAGGUUCGUCUAUAGCUAUGCCUCCAUUUAUUUUUGUUUCAUAGUUAAUUGUACUUGACAAGAGAAAACAAACGUCAUUUUGGUAAUAAGAAUUUGGUUUGAUGAAGUUAAUUACUUAAAAUUGAUAAUAGGGGCUGGCCUGUAAACAUUUUAAACAAUAAUAUAAAAUACAAAUCCAUUUUAAAAAAAUAAACAAAUAACCAAUUUGCAUGAUCACGC